GAAAGAGUGCAGUUCCGGAUGUAAACACGGCCACAGUAUGUCGGUGGUUAUGUUUCAAUGCUACGAUUAUCAGGGUAUUUUUAGGUGUAGACUUCUAUAAAAGGUAAAAGUCAGUUUAUUUUUCUUUCGCAGUUGAGUGCUGACCGCAGAAACACGCCGGGUUUUCCAUGUAAAUGUUUUUUUCCCCUAAAGAAAUUGGCCAAAUUGUCUGCAGGCUCUGUUGCGCAUAACUCUGAACUUUAACCCACAUAUUACUGACAUAAAAAGAGUCACCUCGAAUAGAAAAUAUCACUGAAAAAAUACUUUGCAGGUCUUGCAUUAUGCGGUUUUGCACAGUUCUAUACCGUGGGGUUGAGAGCACAGCAAGGCACAAGGCUCCUCUUAGGCCCCUUCAGUCUCUCAAUCAUGUCAGAUCAGCCAGUGUCGCCCUAACAUUAACCAAACCAGACAACGGGCCAGCUGUGGACAGUCUAUCAUUCUCCAAAGCCAAAAUUGGGUGCUUCUUUCAAGAAAGACCAGUCCUGAAGAACCCAUUCCUUGAAGAUGCUUUGCUCAGAGGAUAUCUGAAGAGGUACAUGCCACAUGAGGCUGUUGUAUCGGAUUUGUGUGCAUUUGGAGAACAUGUGGCCAAUAAAGUUGAUGGCUGGGGUAGAGAGUGCGAAGUUUCUCCCCCACAACUGGUUCAGUAUGACUCCUGGGGGCGCAGAGUGGACCUUAUCCACACUAGUGCCACCUGGAAACAAAUGAAAGAUUUAUCUGCUAGAGAAGGACUUGUUUCCAUUGGCUAUGAGAGACAUUAUGGGGAGUGGAGUCGUGUAUAUCAAAUGAGCAAGCUGUUCCUCUUUUCACCCUCUUCUGGACUCUACACCUGCCCUCUGGCCAUGACUGAUGGAGCAGCUAAAGUUAUUGAGUCCUUAGGUAUUUCUUGGCCCGUGGAGGAAGCCUUUCAUCGACUGACCACUCGCAAACCUGAAUAUUUUUGGACAUCAGGGCAGUGGAUGACUGAGAGACAAGGAGGAUCUGAUGUCGCGAAUGGAACUGAAACUGUGGCGGUUCCUCAAACUGAUGGUUCAUUCAAGCUUAAUGGAUAUAAAUGGUUCACCUCAGCAACAGAUGCUGACAUGACCCUCACACUGGCAAGAGUGCAAGACACCACAGGAGCUACAAUACUGGGUAGUCGAGGAUUGUCUUUGUUUUAUGCUGAAGUGAGUCGCGAUGAGAGUGGACAGUUAAAGGGCAUAGAGGUGCAGAAACUGAAGGACAAGCUGGGGACCAGACAAAUGCCUACUGCAGAGUUACUGCUCGACGGACUGCCCGCUCAUAUGAUUUCCACAGAAGGACGGGGUGUGUCUUCCAUUGCAAACAUGCUUACAAUAACCAGGAUUCACAACAGUUUAUCUGCUGCAGGAGCAAUGCGAAGGGUGGUGCAGCUGGCCCGUGACUAUGCAACCCGCCGCAAAGCUUUUGGGAAACUUCUUAAAGACCACCCAUUACACAUGCAGACUCUUGCCAGGAUGGAGGUUGAGACUCGCGGGGCCUUUCUCUUGGUAAUGGAUGUCUGUCGUCUUUUGGGCCGGGAGGAAACUGGUAUUGCGACUGAAUUUGACACACAUCUCCUACGUCUUCUUACACCUGUUGUCAAAUUGUACACAGGUAAGCAGGCUGUGGCUGUGGUGUCAGAGGGGUUGGAAAGCUUUGGUGGACAGGGCUACAUUGAAGAUACUGGGUUGCCAGGACUUCUUCGGGAUGCACAGGUGUUGAGCAUUUGGGAAGGCACAACAAAUGUCCUGUCAUUGGACGUUCUCCGCUGUGUGGCAAGAAGCUCAGGCAUGGUUUUUCAUGCAUACUUUAUCCACACUAAGUCCCUUCUUAAAAAUGCAUCUGGAGUUUCUGCAUUGACCCCAGCAGUAAAAGCAAUACAGUGUGCGCUCUCUAAACUGGAGUUAUUGGUACAGGACACUGCCACCAAGGAGCCAAGCUUUCUUGAACUGGCAGCGAGAGAUCUUGCAUAUAGUUUGGCUCGUAUCUAUGCAGGUGCCCUUCUCAUUGAUCAUGCGUCUUGGAAAGGUGCCUCUCCAGCUGAUGUAUAUGCAGCUUCAAGAUGGUGUGAGCAGGAUUUGUGUCCUGUGGCAACCAACCAUGAGAGAGGCUGUUACAACCCUGGCUCUUCACACGAUAAUGCAGCAUUGGUGUAUCAGCGAACACACCACUCAACUAAUUAAGCAUUUUAAAAAAAUAACACCACCAAUCAGCCUUUAUUGUAUUUAUAAAAUUUUAGAGUUUAUUUUCUCUCUGCAUGUUGUGUUACGGUUUGUUUCUACAUAAUGUAUGAUAGCGCCAGUACAUCUCCGAUAUGUUUGUACCAUAUGAACCAUGUCACACUCUGAGGACUCAGGGACCGGCCUCCUGCUGGUGCCCGGAGUCAGGACUAAACAUGGGGAAUCAUCAGUUUUUGCAGCUAAAACCUGGAACAAUCUUCCUGAAGAUGUGAGACAGGCCUCUACUUUGACAAUGUUUAAAUCCAGACUCAAAACAGUUUAGCUGUGCAUAUGACUGAAAGGUUUUAAUGUUAAUUUUAUGAUGAUUAUUUGUGAUUAUGUAUGUUUUGAUUUGUUGUAUUGUGAUUUUAAUGUCUUUCUUUUUCUGUAAAGCACUUUGAAUUACUUUGUGUAUGAAUUGUGCUAUACAAAUUAUCUUGCCUUCAUAAAGAUUUUUGAAUGUUCUAAAAUGACUUUAAAUUUCGUAUUAUUAGAUUUUAUGUAAUAAAUAUGGUAUUAAAAAUCGU